AUAGCAGAGGCAUUCUGAAUCCUACUUGGGUUUAUUGAGUUUUCAAUGGGAGGUGUAUUCGGAAGGCAUGAUAGCCAUAAAAGAUGGAUUUACGGAACCAAAAUUGAGAAUAAAAUUGUUGAAGCAAUGCAAAAGAGGGAAUCUAAAGGAUCUUCGGUGAAAUCAUUCAACACUAUAAUCUUGAAAUUCCCAAAAAUUGAUGAAAGCUUUAGAAAAUGCAAAGCCAUAUUUGAGCAGUUUGACGAGGAUUCGAAUGGGGUAAUAGAUCGAGAAGAGUUGAAAAAUAGUUUCAGUAAACUGGAAAUUUCAAUUACUGAGGAGGACUUGAAUGAUCUCUUUGAAGCAUGUGACGUCAAUGAACAUAUGGGAAUGAAGUUCUCUGAGUUCAUUGUACUCCUUUGCCUUGUCUACCUUCUCACGGACGAUCCAGCAGCCCUUCACAUUAAAUCACAAAUUGGGUUGCCGGAUCUAGAGGCCACGUUUGAGACUUUGGUUGAUGCAUUUGUGUUUUUGGACAAGAACAAGGAUGGUUAUGUCAGCAAAAGCGAGAUGAUUGAGGCGGUAAAUGAAAGCCGGGAGCGUUCUUCUGAAAGAAUAGCAAUCAAAAGAUUUGAAGAAAUGGAUUGGGAUAAAAAUGGAAUGGUGAGCUUCAAGGAGUUCCUUUUCGCGUUUACUAGGUGGGUCGGAAUUGAUGACAAGGAAGAUGAAGAGGCCUGAGGCCUGAAGCUUGUCAUCUAUAAGUGCCUUAUACUGCUUCUGUUGUUAGUAGCUGGUAAUAAAAAAACAAAAUGUUUCAGGCUCCAAAGAAACCUGAAAAUUAAAAAAAUGGAGGCUUUUCUUGUUUUAGCUUGCAAUAAAGGGCUGGUUGCUACACUUUGAUCUGCAAUAAAUCUUUCAUAGAUGAAGUUCAUUUGUAAAUAGUCAGAAAAGUGUGUAUAACUGUGAGUGCUAUGUUGAAGAUGUGUUAAAAUAUUUUACCUUGUAA